CAGCUUCAUCACAGCCCAACCUCCUUCUCCUCCUCCUCCUUCCUGAUUCCUUGGACCGACUACAUCCCGCCAACCCGAGUGGAAGCGGUUCGGUUCGGUUCGGACGGGAGGCUGGACCCGCCGCUGGAUGACAGCUGUUCCCUGCAGAGGUGAAGGACCAACAGAGCAGCCUGUGUGGAGCGGGUGGUCUGUUCCUCAGAGCGCCAUCCAUGGGCCUCGCCUCCCGGGCCACCGCCUUCAUCCCACCCAUGUCCAUCAGAGCCGUCGGCUGAAAGGAUUACGCAGCCGCCUGCAGAGAUCAGCAGCUCGGAUCCAGGGAAGGAGAAGGAAGCUGCAGAGGAAGACCGGAAGCUUCCUCCCUCGGUCCUGUCCAGAACCAUCGGACUCAUUCAGCGGUUUUCCAUGUCGAAGUCGGCCCAGAUGCCGCUGACCAACAUCACGGUGCCAAAGCCCUCCAUCUCCAGGGUGCCCAGCAGCAUGGAGGGCAUCAACCACGAGCUGGAGAAGGUCUUCAUCAAAGACAACGGAGACAAGGAGGAGCUGAAGUCUCUGGAGGUUCCCGAUGGCCGCCGGGCGCCCUUCCCUCCCCAGCAGCGCAGCAGCAGCUCUCGCGGCGUGGACACCCAGACUCCGUCGGCCCCGGGGCGCUCCAGCAGCUGCUCCAGCCUGUCGCCGUGUCCCUCGCCAGCCUGCCCCCCAGGAUCGCAUGACGGCAGCCCGUACUCCACCGAGGAUCUGCAGUAUGACCGCGAUAAAGACAGUGGAAGCAGCUCUCCGCUCCCAAAGUUCGCCUCGUCCCCCAAACCCAACAACAGCUACAUGUUCAAGCGGGAGCCUCCGGAAGGCUGUGAGAAGAUCAAAGCUUUCGAGGAGAUGAGCUCCAGGCAGUCGGCGUCGGCGCCUCUCUUCUCCUGCCCCGACAAGAACAAGGUCAACUUCAUCCCCACAGGCUCCGCCUUCUGCCCGGUCAAACUCCCCGCCUCGCUGCACCUCAGCCCCGCCUCCGAGCCCGAGGAAGACGAGGGCCAGGGGGAGCCCCGGGGGGCUUCCUCGCUCUAUGGCGCCCCCCCCGCUCAGGUUUCCACCAGCACAGACGACCCCCCCGAGGAGCCCAGCUCCCCUUCAGAGACUGCAGAACCCCAGACGGACAGCUAGACCCCCCCCACCCCCCACUUACUGUCCCACCAACACCUCCUGCUUUACCAGGGGAGCCUCUGUCUCUCUGUGCUCCCCCCCACCCUCAUUCUAUCACUGCAUGACGUAGCAACAGUGUCCCUUCAUGUCCACCAUCAGUCGGCCACCUGAGCGCCGGGGGGGGGGGGGCAGUUUGAGUCAGAAACACCCAGAAGGCCAAUCGGCUGCCCCCAUCCGCCAUGACGACCAUGUUUACGCCAUCGGCUCAGAGAUCCAACUACGAUCGCUCAGAGUCCGCUUGUGGGCGGGGCUUCAGGCGUUUCUCCAUUACGGUUCUAAACUCAGGUAAUCUGGAAAGGUGUGUCCAUCAAAGAACCUGCAGCUCAAAGCAGGAGGGAUCCGCCGUCAUGUGUUCCUCUUCAUUCCCGGACAUUUGGUUCGACCAAUAAGGAGCAUCCCCUCCAAACGGGCGCUAUCUGGUACCGCUGCCAGCGGGUCGGAUUACGACAAAAAUACUGUUUUUAAUCUGCAGUUCCAGCCCAGACCUUUGGUAGAAGUGGAAAUUAUCGGUCCAAUAGUAGUUACUGUACCUCUCGUGCACAGAGCAGGUUCUGAUUAAAGCAACACUACGUAACCUUUGA